GACAAGACAAAGUGGUCUUCAAACUCAGUCAAAUUCAACAAUGUCGGCCAUAUUUAUAUUAAUAAUUCAUUGAUGGUGUUCCCACGUUCCUUGAAUCUUCACUUACAACUCACUUGUGGAUAUUUGUUUUGUUUAUGUAUGAAAUGCUGCAAAAGUAAUAAGCAGUGUAAAUAUAGCAAUGGCAGAGAGUCUAUUAAUAUCCCAAUUAGCUGAGGCAGUUGUAUCUCAAGCAGUAGGAAGACUCAGUGAGCUAAUAAUCAACGAAGGUGCAUCAUUGAGCAGUGUGAAGGCAGAUGUGGAGAGGCUACGAGAUGAGCUACAUCGAAUGCACUGCUUCUUUGAAGAUGCAGAUCGCAGGCCACACCACCAAGACAAGCGCCUUCGCCAUUGGAUAUCAGAACUUAGAGGUGUUGCUAAUGAUGUUGAGGAUGUUAUUGAGAUGUUCAUCUCCAAUGUCUCCUCUUCUUGCCUCCAAUUCUUCUACCUCCGCAGACUCAGGAGCCAAAUCAAUUCCAUCAAAACUAAGAUGGAAGAUAUCUUUAAAAGCUCCCAAACUUACCGGAUUGAAUCUAGUAGUCGUAGUAGUAGUAGUAGUAGUAGAAGAGUUGAAGGGACUAGUAGUUCUGUUUCUGAGCUACAGCGGCGUCUGAGGAGAUCUUGUCCAGAUGACAAUGAUGAUGAUGAUUAUGUUGUGAGCAUGGAGCAUAGUGUGAAGGCUUUGAAAGAUGAGUUGAUCAUGUUGAAGAAGGAAGAUGAUGAUGAUCAACUCUCCAUAGUUUCUGUGGUUGGCAUGGGUGGAUUAGGUAAGACCACUCUUGCUAAGUUGGUUUAUAAAAGUAAUGAUGUUAAACAACACUUUGAUUGUUGUGCUUGGGUUUUCAUAUGCCAACAAUAUGUUUCUAAGGAUAUUUUGUAUGAAAUCUUAGUUCAAAUUGAUAGGGGUAGUGAUAGAGAGAAAAUAAGGAAUUUGAAUGAGAAUGAGAUGAGUGAUAGGCUUAAGAGUGAGUUAAAAGGGAAGAGGUAUCUUGUGGUUCUUGAUGAUAUUUGGAGAAUUGAGGCUUGGGAUUGUAUCAAAAGAGCUUUCCCUUUAGGAAAUAGUAGUAGUAAAGUGCUUUUCACUACUCGAAACAAAGAAUUAGCAUUGUCUGUUAAUCCAUGUAGCUCUCCAAUUGAGCCCUCUUUUUUAACAUUUGAAGAGAGCUGGCAAGUACUUGUACAAAGGCAAGCUUUUCGGAGAAGCGGUUUUGGACUAGAAUUUGAGAUGUUGGGUAAGGACAUGGUGAAAAAAUGCGGAGGACUGCCUCUAGCAAUUGUUGUUCUUGGAGGGCUGUUGAGAACAAGAAGUUCACUUGAAGAAUGGAAAGAGGUUCAGAAAGAUGUUAACUCACACUUGAAUAAGCUCCAAUCACAUCAAGAGUAUGAAGGUGUGAAUGGCAUUUUAGCCUUGAGCUACUAUGAUCUACCUUACUACUUGAAACCAUGUUUUUUGUAUUUGGGAAGCUUUCCAGAAGACAGAGAUAUAGAGAAAAAGACAUUGAUUCGGUUAUGGAUUGCAGAGGGAUUUGUACAAAAACUGAAAAGAGAAGAGGCAAAUGAGGAAACAUUGGAAAAUGUAUGUGAACAAUACUUGAGAGAGCUUACAAAUAGGUGCAUGAUUCAAGUGAGCAAAAGGAACAAUUCAGGAGUGGGAGUGAAAACAUACCGAGUACAUGAUCUUAUGCGAGACUUGUGCGUGUCUAAGGCGAAAGAAGAGAACUUUUUUCAGGUCAUUCAACAUCAAAAUGAGAGUAACAUGUCAGAGCAGGGAGGUUCUUCAAUUCAUCAUGGUGCUAAAACAAUCUUUUCACGGAAAAUUGUUCUUCAUGUUGGGUGUGAUCUCGAUUUGUGUAAAGUUCAACUCCGUCUCCAUUCCCUUUUAUGUUUCGACAACGGGCAUUUUCUUGUGAGUAGCUUAAGAAAGAAGACUUUCAUGUUCUUAAGAACACUAAUACUUGGAAACACUUGUUUGGGAGAUAACAACUUUAAGAUUCUGAAACAAAUCUGCACACUCAUACACUUGAGGUACCUUGGGCUGCAAAAAUCUAAUAAUCUGCACAAAUUGCCAAAAUGCAUAGCCAACUUGCGUAGCUUGCACACUUUGGAUCUUCGAUACAGCAAUGUCAAAAUGCUACCUACAUCAAUAUCAAGACUGACACGUCUGACACAUCUUAUGAGUGAUAAACCUUUAAUGCUCAUGGACAAAGAAUCAGGUAACAAGUUUCUUAAUUUUGCUGUUUUAAGUGUUAAUCCUGCUAAACCGACGCCAACCAAUCCGGCGCAGCCUACCACACCUAUGCUCAUAAGGGAUGUCUUAAUCUUCAAAUAUGAUGUUCUUCUCCAACUUACUAAUCUUCAAGAGCUAAAAAUGCUACUUAGAAGCAAAGAAGAAGCUACAAAGGUGCUAGAAUCGGCCAUCAUAAAAGGCGGUAGAAUUCGAUCCUUGGAUCUUGACAUGGUGUUUCAUGGACAUGUACUUCAAAAUCAACUAGCACCACCACCACCAAUGCCUUUUCCAAGUCUAAAAUCACUCUCUAAAUGCUACCUUCUCAAUAAACUACGUCUAAGGGGGCCAAUAGAAAAAGAUUCUUUGCAAUUUCUGUCCACAAGCCUAGUCAAAUUGACUUUGGAACAUACAUGUAUUCAACAAGACCCUAUGGCAGUACUGGAACAGCUACCAAAUUUAAAGCUUCUACAGUUGCAUUCUUUUUCUUAUAUUGGUUCCAAAUUGGUUUGCUCUGCCAAUGGCUUUCCUAAACUAGAGACUCUUCGGCUUUGUCACUUGCAAAGACUGAAGGAGUGGGAAAUAGAGAAAGAUUCCAUGCAAUGCCUGAAGAGAUUAGAGCUUGAACAACUUCUGAAACUGAAGAUGAUUCCUGAUGGCUUGAAAUUCGUUACUACUCUUAGGCAAUUAGAUGUUAUAGAAAUGACAGAGAUUUUUGAAGAAAGGAUUAAAGUGAGUGAAGGACUUGAAGGGGAAGAUUACAACAAAGUGCGCCACAUUCCCUCCAUCUCAACUAGAAGACUUUAUUAAGAAUAGCUGCAACUUUAUUCUCAUCAUUAAAUUGUUGCUCAGUCUCAUCUCAACUCAAACCAGUAUCAUAAUACAAAUUACAAUGCUAUCUUUUCUUUAAAUAGAGCUAUCCUUA